CUCCUCCGGGGCUCCCGGUCCUUCCCCACCCGCCCCGUGAAGAGCGCGGCCUCCGAUCUCCCGUCCCUCCUCCUCCACCAGCUGGGGCUGCAUGAGCUGGGGGCGGGCCCCCGUGGUCCUGCUAGGCGGAGGGGCCACGCUGCUCCUGUCGUUCCUUUGGAUGCCCGCGCUGCUGCCGGUGGCUUCCCGCCUUCUGUUGCUGCCCCGAGCCUUGCUGUCCAUGGCUUCUGGAAGCCCUCCUCUGCCCUCUGCGGCCUCGGGCUCCGGCUACGUCCCAGGGUCGGUUUCUGCAGCCUUUGUCACUUGUCCCAACGAAAAAGUCGCCAAGGAGAUCGCCAGGGCCGUGGUGGAGAAGCGCCUAGCAGCCUGCGUCAACCUCAUCCCGCAGAUCACUUCCAUCUAUGAAUGGAAAGGAAAGAUCGAGGAAGACAGUGAGGUGUUGAUGAUGAUUAAAACCCAAAGCUCCCUGGUCCCUGCUCUGACAGAGUUCGUUCGGUCUGUGCACCCUUACGAAGUUGCUGAGGUGAUUGCGUUGCCUGUGGAGCAGGGGAACCCCCCAUACCUGCAUUGGGUGCGCCAGGUCACAGAAUCCGUUUCAGAUUCUGGCCCAGCCCCCUCCUCUGCUUAACGCCCUCUGGUUUCCAGGUGAUGAUGUCUGAGCCCCCAAUAAAUCCUCUCCUGUUC